UCAAUCCCCGCAACAAAAUCCAUAGUUUCUUACGCAUUGUGUGACAGACAGACAGUGAAGAAACUUCCAACCGAAGAUAUACACCAAUCCUAUCCCUCCCUUCCUCCUCACUCUCUCUCUCUCUGUAAUUUGCGAGCCAGGGAGAGAAAAGAAAAACGUCUGGUCUAGUGAGAGAGAAAAAAACGUAUGCUUUAGUGAAAGUGGCCCCCUUCAGAUCCCAAGAACGCCCCUUUCUUUUCCUCGUCCGGCCUUCUCCUUAAAUAAUACGGACUCGUAAUCUGAUAAAAAUCUAUGCCAUUUUACUGCACCACCACACCGAUAAUCCCAUACCCACACUCUCUCUGUGCCUCUCUGAGUGUGAAUAUUUCAGCAGCUGAGCUUCUUUCCGAUCUGCAGUGGGAUUUUCCGGUUCCUGCUGGGGGCUCAAGUCUGGGUCCUCGAUAACAGCUUGAAUUUGGCCCUCCAAGUGUGGUCCUUGUUUUGAAGUCUAAAUUCUCUACUGUGUGUUUUGGAGUAAGCUUGUGAGGAAUGCCACUCGAGGAAGCAAGAGAAAAAAUGCCGUUUGCAAAUGACGCACCACCAGGAAGUUACUAUCCAAGUGAUCUUAAUGGAGGCGUCUGUGGGUAUUCAUGGGUAGCAGCAGCAAACAAUGAUAUCUCACGGAAUAGUGGACCCCAUUUCAGUGCUUCAUUGCAUCCGGCUCCCUUGAACCAGGAUCUGGUUCCUACUACAAAGGAAUUUUGUAGACAGACGAUGUUACAGCAGGAGUCCAUAUUCAAACACCAGGUCUAUGAACUUCACCGGGUUUACAAAAGGCAAAAGGAGUUGAUGGAGGAAGCCAGAAAGAGAGAACGCUUUGAGCAUAGUUUAAAACUAUCUUUUGCAUCAGAACCAGUGCCAGAAACCUCUAUGAGCAUGCACUGGCUUUCAAGGAAUCUCUCGGGGGUUGGUCCCUCAAUGCUAGCUUUUGGAGAACCUCCAAGGUUUAUUACAUCUUCUGGGGACGUAAAGCGGCCAUCUAAUGUCAAUCAUGCAACAAAUUGUGAAUUUGAAGCAUGUGUACAUAUGUCAUCACCCCAAAGAAACAAAUGUGGGAAGAGAAUGGUGUUGGACCUGGAACUUCAAGUGCCUAAGACUGUGAUUACAGAGGUGCAGCAGCAUGUAGAUGAAGAGAAGCUUGAGUCCUCCUCUUACCAUGGAAAAGGCUCUCCUUUUUCAAGUUGCAGAAAGAUGGAUGUCUUUUUCGACUUGAAUGAGCCUCCUGCUGAGCUAGAUGAUGAACUAGAAUUCCCAGCUUCCUCAAGUCAACAGGAUCUCAUGAAUAGGAAUGGAGAUCCUUCUGAAAAGGAAAAAUCAAAUGCAGACUGUAUCGGCUCAAGUAAAAAACCAUCACCUGAUAUUACUGUUGGAGAAAGCCGUAGUGAUUCUUGCAUCAUUAGUUCAUCUUCUGAGAAAAAUGCAGAAAAUGGGCUGCUACCGUGCAACUCUCGUGCUGUGAAACAUGGAAGCCACUUGAAAACUUAUGCCAAAGCUUCCUGUAGUUUGACACCAAGAAAGCCACAAAAAGAAAGGUCAAUUUCUGAUUUGGAAAUGUCUGACAAGAAUCAAGCUGUAGCCCGCACUGAUGUUUCCCCUUCCGUUCAAGCACCUGAAGAUAAAGAGAGAGAACGUUUCAAAGCUCCACUUAGCCCAGAGAACCGGGAGUCUUGUCCACCUAGAAAUGAUUCACCCGAGGCCCGAUUGGACACAUCGACUGGCUUAUCAAAUGAUGACAGGCUUGCAGCUGAUACACUGGUUUUGAUUAUGUCAUCUCGGGUGGAACGACCUAUUGGCUGCCUUGAUUGGUUUGCUGGAAUUGCAUCCACUUUAGCGAAGGGAUCAAAGUGGGUGAAACCGGAGGGGCGGGCCAAGGAGGGAGGGAGGAGAAGAGCUAAGAGUAGCAAUCAUGGGCAAGGGAUGAAAAGUGCAAAAGGUUUGAAGCAGCAGCAGCAACCUGGUUGUAAGAAGAAGCACAUGUGGUGUUUUAAAGAAGUGUGGGGAAGGAAAAAGAAGCGAACACCUCGAUGCGCCAUAAGAAGGAUUGUCCCCCUCUCACCAUAGUUAGUUCGUUAAAAUAGUAUAGCAAAUAUAGCUGAUUCCCUGCCUCAAAUGGCUAUGUAACUAACUAGGUGAACGGUUCACUAUUGGUGCUCAGAUCGGUUUGUAGACAGAAUAGAUCACUGAAAGCUUCUUCGCUCCCAAAUAUUGUUGUAAAACUAGCUCUGCCUUGUGAUGUGCAUACAUUGUGCAGGGGUUGUGCAGUAAUAGUUCUUGUUUUAUCAUCUUGAAA